CGCCAAUAUCCUUCUACUUGACACACGUGUUUCUUCAACGAAAGAUUAUUUUCUUAACAGUGUAUGUAAUGUUAUGAGAAUUAACUAAAUAAUGAUUAAUUGAUUACAAAAUUAAUAUAUUCUCUAAUAUUUGUAAUAUUAUCUUCGAAAGUAUACCGUACUUUUCGAAAGUUUAAGGAAGAAAAUAUAGAUUCACCGAGAAAAUCAUUCAAGCAAGGAAAAAACCUAAACUAUGUCGAUGUUAACGCGCAUGCGCUUCGUAAAUGGUAGGGGGAUCCUUCGAGAGAAAAUAUUCCACAAUUUCAGCCAAAGAGAAAACUUUACUCCUGGUGUGACAAGACACAAAAUGGAAAAGCUAACUGAAGAAGAAAGAGAAAAAACCUUAAAGCCAUUAUUAACCAAUGGAUGGUCUGUUCAACAAAAUAGAGAUGCAAUCUACAAGGAGUUUUUAUUUAAAGAUUUUAAUGAGGCAUUUGGAUUUAUGAGUAGAGUGGCACUGCAAGCAGAAAAAAUGUGUCAUCAUCCAGAAUGGUUCAAUGUUUACAAUAAGGUGAACAUUACUCUUGCUACCCAUGAUGUAAAUGGCUUAUCAAAGAAGGAUGUUAAAUUGGCCACUUUCAUAGACAAUGUUGCUAAAUUGAAUGUAAAUUAAAACUUAAACUAUGCAUUAAUUCAUGGUUACAAAGUUCCAGAUUAUGUAUCUAUUAACAAUCUGUCUAUUAAAUAUUUUAUAGAUGUCAACAAUAUCUAUAUAAUGAAUAUUAUUAUUUCUGUUGCAAUAAUAUUCUAUUUAAUAAUAGAGUACACCAUUUAAAGGUAUAUAAUUUAUUUUUGUAUACUUUACAAGAUAUUAAAUUAUGAUAUCCUACAUUAGCCUAAUAAAGCAGACAAUAAAAAUUACUUUGGCUUUUA